GCCACUUUACACGGCAAACCACCGAAAGUGAGACGUAAUUCCAGUUUUAAAGCAUUUUUGACGAUAAUUUCCCGUAAAUUCAGUCAUUUUGUUGUUAUAAUUUGUUAGAAAACCCUUCGACAGUUCCAAAAAGUGUAAAAAUGGUAGGAAAAGCCCAGAAAAUGUAUGUUUUUAAGCGAGAUGGACGAAAGGAGCCUGUUCACUUCGACAAAAUCACGUCGCGAAUCCAGAAGCUCUGCUAUGGGCUCAAUAUGGAAUUUGUUGAUCCGGUUGCAAUUACACUGAAGGUGAUCAACGGCUUGUACAGCGGCGUGACGACGCAAGAGUUGGACAAUUUAGCUGCAGAAACUGCUGCCACGAUGACCACGGAUCAUGCGGAUUACGCGAUUUUGGCUGCCAGAUUGGCGGUUUCCAAUUUGCAUAAGGAGACGAAAAAAAGUUUUUCUGAAACCAUGGAUGACUUGUACAACAUCACGAACGAGCAUUUGAAGAAAAAAUCCCCCAUGAUUUCCGAUUUCCAUCACAAAAUCAUCAUGGAAAAUGCCGAUCGCUUAAAUUCCUCCAUCAUCUACGACCGCGACUUUGGCUACAACUAUUUCGGCUUCAAAACCCUGGAACGUUCCUACUUGCUCAAAAUCAAGGGAAAAGUCGUUGAACGUCCGCAACACAUGUUGAUGCGUGUCGCUGUCGGCAUCCACGGCGAAGAUAUCGACGCGGCAAUCGAAACUUACAAUCUCCUGUCUGAACGUUAUUUCACGCAUGCCUCGCCGACUUUAUUUGCCGCCGCAACGCCUCGUCCCCAGUUGUCGUCUUGUUUCUUGCUUACGAUGACCGACGACAGUAUCGAAGGCAUUUACGACACCUUGAAGCGAUGCGCCUUGAUUAGCAAGUCAGCUGGCGGAAUUGGGGUGAAUGUUCAUUGCAUUCGCGCAAAGGGAAGUUACAUCGCUGGCACGAACGGAAUCUCCAAUGGACUUGUUCCGUUGUUGCGUGUGUAUAAUAAUACCGCUCGUUAUGUCGAUCAGGGCGGAAAUAAGCGUCCCGGAGCAUUUGCGAUCUAUUUGGAGCCGUGGCACGGCGAUAUUUUCGAGUUUUUGGACUUGAAGAAGAACACGGGGAAGGAGGAAGUGCGUGCUCGUGACAUGUUUUAUGCUUUGUGGAUCCCGGAUUUGUUCAUGAAACGCGUGGAAGCCAACGAAAAAUGGUCCUUGAUGUGCCCGCAUGACUGCCCGGGGCUAGAAGACUCGUGGGGUGAGGAAUUUGAGAAACUUUACACAGGCUACGAGGCUCAAGGACGAUUUAUUCGGCAAGUUGAUGCCCAACAAUUGUGGUUUGCGAUAAUUGAGUCCCAAGUCGAGACCGGAGUCCCUUAUAUGUUGUACAAAGAUGCCUGCAAUCGAAAAAGUAACCAACAAAAUAUCGGAACAAUCAAAUGCAGCAACUUGUGUACGGAAAUUGUCGAAUAUUCAUCAAAAGACGAAGUUGCCGUUUGCAAUUUGGCUUCGGUUGCAUUGAAUAUGUUCGUGAAAGGCGACAAAACGUACGAUUUUGCCAAAUUGAAGGAAGUUGUGAAGAUUGUCACGAAAAAUUUGAACAAAAUUAUCGACGUCAACUACUAUCCGAUCCCCGAAGCGAAGGUUUCCAACAUGCGCCAUCGUCCCAUCGGCAUCGGAGUUCAAGGUCUCGCCGAUGCCUUCAUCCUAAUGCGUUUCCCAUUCGAAUCUGAAGAAGCUAAACUCUUGAAUCAGCAGAUUUUUGAGACAAUUUACUACGGAGCUCUUGAAGCAUCAUGUGAAUUGGCGGAAAAAUUCGGUCCUUACGAAACUUACGAAGGAAGUCCCGUGCAAAAGGGAAUUUUGCAAUACGAAAUGUGGAACAAGACACCCACAAAUUUGUGGAAUUGGGACGAAUUAAAGGCAAAAAUCGCCCAACAUGGUGUCCGUAACUCGUUAUUGGUGGCUCCCAUGCCAACUGCAUCCACGGCUCAAAUCAUGGGCAACAACGAAAGUUUCGAGCCAUACACUUCCAACGUCUACAAUCGACGUGUCUUGUCCGGCGAAUUCCAAGUUGUCAAUCAUCACUUGCUGAAAGACCUCACGGAACUCGAUUUGUGGGACGAUGACAUGAAAAAUCUCAUCAUCGCUCACAAUGGCAGCAUCCAAAAUAUCGAAAAAAUCCCUCAACACAUCCGGGAUUUGUAUAAAACUGUGUGGGAAAUUUCGCAAAAGACCUUAAUUCAAAUGGCGGCAGAUCGUGGAGCUUUUAUCGAUCAAAGUCAAUCGUUCAAUAUUCACAUUGCGGAGCCAAAUUACGGAAAAUUGACGUCGAUGCAUUUCUACGGAUGGAAAUUGGGACUUAAAACGGGAAUGUAUUACCUCCGUACGAAGCCGGCUGUUAAUGCGAUUCAAUUUACCGUCGAUAAAACGCGUUUGACUGACGCAAAUCGCAGCAUGAACUCGCCCACGAAGAAUGGAAAUGGAAUUGCGCAAUCGACACCGAGUAAGGCGAAUGGCAAUGCGAGCAUGAAAGAGGAGUUGAAUGGAUCGACAGCGGCAGCAACAAAUGGAAAUGGAGAUUAUGCGGAACGUGAGAGACGUAUGGCGGAGAUGACUUGCUCGUUGGAGAACAAGGACGAGUGUCUCAUGUGUGGAUCUUAAGCUGGCUUCGAUUCGCAAUUUUUUUUUUCUUAAUUUAGAUUUUUUUUUUCGAAUGCAAAACAAUGAUUUUCUUUUAGAUUUUUAAGUUUAUAUACAAUAAAAGAGAUCUCUUUCUUAUCAAAAAAAAAUUAAAUAAAAUAAAAUAAAGUAAAUCAAAAAUUC